UUGUACAAAUUUGCUUAUACAGAGUAUCUAAAACAAGUUGUACAAGUACUCGAAAAUGAUACGAAUUUCACGCAACGCAUUAAAGGAAUGGCUGAAAGCGAUAUAAAGAGUGGAAAAAUCGCCGAUCACCUUGAUGAGCUUAGUGCGCAUACGUUUCGUGAGCUGCACAAAUUGAAGGCAGCCGAAAUUGAACGUUUGAGAAAGCUGAUCGAUGAGCAAGUGAAACGGGACGGUGGUUACCAUAAUAUUAAGGCUCCUGAGCAUAUCGAUGUGGAUGAUUUUAUGAACUUCGGCAAAGAGGACCUGAGAAAAUUAAUUGUUAAGACUGUUGCGGACAUGGAGGAACAAGACCGACAAAGACGGGAGGAGUUCAAGAAUUAUGAAAUGAAAAAAAAAGCUGAAAUCGAUCAUAAAAUGGUAAAUAUGUCGCCGGAAGAAAGACAAAAGUAUCAGAACGAAUUAGAUGCGCAGAAAAAGCGUCACAAUGAGCACGAAAAAGUGAAGCAUCCGGGCAGUCGUGACCAGCUGGAGCAGGUUUGGGAAGAUACAGAUCAGUUAGAGAAAGAUAAUUAUGAUCCGCGAACGUUUUUUGCACUACACGAUUUGAACGGUGAUGGCUUUUGGAGCACUGAUGAGUUGGAUACUCUGUUCGAGUCGGAACUCCAGAAACUUUAUAAUGAAACCGAUCCGGACGAUGACCAACUAGAGAAAAUCGAAGAAAUGUAUCGAAUGCGUGACCAUGUCUUAGAACAGAUGGAUAAAAACAAAGAUCGAAUGAUUUCUAUAGAAGAAUUUCUUGCAGAUUCAGAAGCGCAAACGCCAAAUAAAGACGAAGGGUGGAAGGAUAUUGGAGAUGAAACGGUUUACACAGAUGAAGAACUGAAGAAAUUCGAGCAGGAAUACGCGCGACAGCAAGGUUGGGGUGACUAUGCAUACUCAACGCUAGGCACUACACGACAACCCCUGAAUGCGCAUCAGCAACAACAAAUGAAUAAUAUUGAACAACCAGCCCAACGACAGCAACAGCCCCAACAACGACAGCAACAUCAACAAGUGCCAGUCGGUGGCGUUCAGCAGGUACAAUUGAACGUUGGUGGUCAACAAGGAGGACAUCAGCAACAGGCUGCGAACAUACCAAUUGGUUCAGACAAUGUGGAUAAAACUUAUGGAGUUUAG